GGGAACUUCAGACAGCGCUGGCCAUGUUUGAGGCGCUCAUGGCAGAUGGCAACCCUGGUUGCUACACCUUUUUUUUUUUUAAUAUUUAUUUUUUCGUUGCAGCUGGACACAGUACUUUUAUUUUAUUUAUUUUUAUUUGGUGCUGAGGAUCGAACCCAGGUCCUCGAACGUGCUAGGCGAGCGCUCCACCGCUGAGCGCAACCCCAGCCCCUGGUUGCUACACUGUGCCAAGACCACAGAAAGGGUUCGUGGUGGGCCUGCGGCUGGAUCUUCAUCAUCCUAGACAGGGCCUCGCUAAGUUUCCAAGGUUGGCCUCAAACUUGUGAUCCUCCUGCCUCGGCCUCUCAAGCACUGGGAUUGCAGAUGUGCCUGACCCCACCUGGUGCCCCAGAGACACCGUUGUCCACGGAUGCGCAAGCCCCUUGUAUGGAAUGGCAUGGGGGUCCCGGUGACCUGCCCACACCCUCCGUCCCCGAGGCUGGGAACAGGCUGUGUUAUGUGGCAAGAAGGAAUGAAGGUUGCAGAUGGAAUCAGAGCUCCUCACGGCCUGGCCUGGAGACGGGCACGUCAUCCUGGACCAUCCAGACGGACCGACUGUAAUCACAGUUCGCAGUCUUCCCUCUGGAAGGAGCCUCCAGGGAGCAGAGAUUUUCGUUUGCUUCACUGUUGAAUUCCAGGGCCCACCUGGGGCCCAACACAUAAUUCUGGCACCGACUGUCUGUCCCUGUGACCCUUCGCCCUGGCUCCUCCAUGCACCACAUGCACCACACCGUCUCCUGCUUGCAGCCCCUGGGCUGAUCCUAACACUGCACCAGGACCAGGUGGUGACAGAGUCUCCCUCCUGCUCCUAAGGGGACACAGGUCCCGGAGGUCCUGAAGGUGAUGUGAGGUGGCCUUGGGCAUCAGUUCGGGAAACUUGUUCCUUUUUCAGCCUCUCUCUCCCUCGGGCCUUCCGCAGGCUGCCAGCAAGUCGCCAGAAUUGAAAUGACUCGGUUUUGGUUUCACUGUGGGCUCUGCAGUUCCGUCUGUUUAUGGUCAAGGAGGCUGGCGCUCCAUUUGUGAAGGGACAAGGUCUCCUCUGAAAAGAAAGCGAAAUAGGUCAACCAACACGAAGGGCUCAGGAAUCAGGGUGGAGGGGAAAUGCAAGUAUGGCCCAAGUGACCUGUCGUGCAGCGGGAUGGGCCCGGGAAGUGUCCAGAGCUCCUGGCAACCAGGUCCCGGUGCCCGGCUGCCCCUCAGUGUGACACCUGUGACACCUGCAGCCACGCUGGGACACGGCCCUGGCCCCAUUCCCAGGGCACCUCGUGCAGUUUCGACCCCAGGCCUGUCUCUUCACUCUGGCCUGUCCCUCACGCUCCUCCCGGACCACUCUGUGCCCCUGUCGCCCAGCACGGUCCUCCCUGGGGAAGGACCCUCGCCACUCCCAGCCCCGCACGUGGCUUCCGCGGACCUGAUGUCACUCUGCGCUCCCACAGCGCGCGACUCAGGCGCGGCCAGUCAGAGUGCUCCUUCCCCAAUCCGUGUAGGGAUUGGCUCCCAGGCGCUCAUGUGAUUAAAUCUGACCAAUGAGAGCCGUUCCCUGAUCCAUCCCGGGAACUAUCACUUUCUUUCGCGAUUCGUAGCUGAUAGCUGAUAAGGCUCCACCUCUGGGAGUCCCCACCCCACCGCACACACUUUUUUACUACCACUGAGGCUCCCUUAUCCUACUUGGGGUUGAGAAGCAAGCAGAUUCCAGAGGCGGAGGCUUCCAACCUGCAGAAAAAAAUUUGAGCACCUUGAUCCAUCCAUGCCUGAAACUACACUCUAAUUUUUUUUUUUAAUCACUUGCAACUACAAGGCUCCUGGUCAAAGAAUGAGUUUAAGCUUUAUUGACAUAAAAUUCAUAUAGCAUAUAAGUCACCCUUUCAACCAUUUAAAAAUGCAUGAUCCAUAACACACUGGGUUCUAGUAGAGUCACAGUGUUGUACCCAUGUCACCACUGUGUGAUUCCAGAAUCUCACAACACAACCACCAUCUCCAGAAACAAAAAUAAAAACCAUGAUCCUUCUCACCCACUCCCAACUGCCCUCCCCCAGUGCAUGUCACCACCUGAAAUAUCUCAGGCAUUUCUCUGAGCACCCCCUCAAUACAGGGCCGGGUUGUUCUCCCCUCUGUGCACACUCCCCGUGAUUUUUAAAUCUUAUUUAUUUUUAAUCAUGAAACAUUUCAAACAGACAGAAAGUCAAUCCCUGUGUGUAUCUCCUACUACAUUUUUGAUGUCGGGAACUGGGACUUGAUUUCUUCUUGUGUCCCCAUUUCCCAGCACAGGGUCUGCACCAGACAAGGUGUUCAGUCAAGCAAAACAAGAAGCCAACCCGGGCCCACCUUCACCGUCUCAGCCCUGGGCUGAACCAGAGCUUAAAGAUUCUGCCAAUGUUUGUUGAUUGGCUGGUUGACCUCCUUAGUAAACGUCAGGCCCCUCCUCCUGCCUGUGUGUGCAGGGCUGUGGUGGGGCUGGGCAGGAGGGACUUUAUCUGAGCCGAUCACUUCCCACACUCUGACAUUUAAUUAAACCCAGAACUAAACUGACAGUUGUUUACCAUAGCUGGGUACCCCCCAGAAUUCCCCCACUUCAGAGGCUUACAGGUAGAAUAGUGGGGAGGCUGAGCAGAUCAGGGACGCAGGGCCCGUGGCUUCUCUGUCUCUGUGUUGUCCCAUCUGUGCAGCACAGCUGAUGACGCUGAAUACCCUGUGGGGUCACGGGGGAUUGGCUGAGUGAACCCCUGCUGUCCUUGAGGAAGUCUGCUGCCCAGGGUGCUUAGCUGCGUUCUCCCAGCGCUGCACGAGGCCACCCAGCACUGCACGAGGCCACCCAGCCACGGCCCCCGGGGCUUACCCACCGCCUCGCUCCACUGCAUCUCAGGUUAGGCGCUGCCUCCUCCAGGAAGUCCUCCGGCUCCGCAUACCUUGGGCCCCAGGACGCAGCAUGCCCCCAGGCUGGGCCGUGCCCGUGCUCCUGCUGGUGCUGCAGGGUGGCUGGGGCUGCCGGGAUCUCGUGUGCUACACUGACUACCUCGAGACGGUCACCUGCGUCCUGGAGACGUGGAGUCUCCACCCCGGCACGCUCACUCUCACCUGGCAAGACCAGUACGGAGAACUGGGGGACGAGGUCACCUCCUGCAGCCUCCACAGAUCCGGCCACAAUGCCACCCACGCGAAGUACACGUGCCACAUGGACGUGUUCCACUUCAUGCCCGAUGACGUCUUCAGCGUCAACGUGACAGACCCGACCGGCAACUCCUCCCGGGAGUGCGGCAGCUUCAUCCUGGCUGACAACAUCAAGCCGGCUCCUCCUUUCAACGUGACGGUCACCUUCUCGGGACACUACAACGUCUCCUGGUGCUCUGACUACGAGGAGCCUGACUUCUACGCGCUGAGGGGCAGGAUGCAGUAUGAGCUGCAGUACAGGAACCGCGGGGACCCCUGGGCUCGGAGCCCGGUGACAAAGCUGGUCUCAGUGGACUCGAGGAGCGUCUCCCUCCUGCCCUUGGAGUUCCGCCAGGGCUCCAGCUAUGAGCUGCAGGUGCGGGCGGGGCCCCAGCCGGGCUCCUCCUUCCGGGGGACCUGGAGUGAGUGGAGCGACCCCGUCAUCUUUCAGACCCCGCCGGAGGAGGAGUCCAGGGGAGGCUGGGGGCCCCCCCAGCUGCUGCUGCUGCUCCUGCUGGUCAUCUUGGGCCCUGUCCUUGUCUUCCUGGGCCUGAAGGUCCACCUGCCUUGGAGGCUGUGUAAGAAGGUGUGGGCGCCCGUGCCCAGCCCGAAGCGGUUCUUCCAGCCCCUGUACGAGGGCCACGGUGGGGACUUCAAGAGAUGGGUGGGCUCGCCCUUCUGCGCCCCCAGCCUGGACCCAGGGCCCUGGGGCACCGUGGUACUGUCCACCCUGGAGCUGCCCGCCUGCGUCCCCCCACGGAGUCCAGCCAAGGGACUGGAGUCCCCAGGGCUGGCGGGGCCCGCGGACCUGCUGGAGACUGACGGGGUGUCCGAGCCUCGCUCCUGGGGCCCGGUCUCCCCCAGAGCAGGUGGCUCCAGAGGCUCAGCCUUCGGGGAGGAGAGGGACCGUCCGUACGGCCUGGUGUCCAUCGACACGGUGACCGUGGUGGACGCCGAGGGACCGUGCACCUGGCCUUGCAGCUGCGGGGACGAUGGCUACCCCGCCCUGAGCCUGGACACCAGCCUGGAGCCGGGCCCUGGGGACCUGCUGCUGGGCCCGGCCACCACGGUCCUGUCCUGCGGCUGCGUCUCGUCGGGCGGCCCUGGGCUGGGGGGCCCUAUGGGCAGCCUCCUAGACAGGCUGGAGCUGACCCUGGCCGACCAGGAGGGCUGGUCCCCAGGGGGUGCCCCAGACAGUGAGGCCGGGUCCCCAGCCGCCGGCCUGGACAUGGACACCUUUGACAGCGGCUUCGCGGGCUCCGACUGCGGCAGCCCCGUCGAGUGUGACUUCGCUGGCCCCGGGGACGAGGGGCCGCCCCGGAGCUACCUCCGCCAAUGGGUGGUCAGGAGCCCUCCGCCCGCUGGCCCCACGGCCCAAGCCAGCUAGCGAGGCGGUGACCCAGCUGCCCUGUCCCCAGCUGGCCACCACAGACGGCCACCCGGGCACUAGCAGAGACAGGCCCGCGGCCCUCGGUCCCCGGGGAAGGGGCCUCUGGGCCUGUGGCUCACGGUGUGCGUGGCUGGGUGUGCGGUGGCGUGUCCCCAGCUGCAUGUGGCCCUGGCUGUGACAGAGCACCAGCAGGCACAGGCAAUGGCCGCCGUUCCACCAGCCUGCUGGGCUCAGGCACUGCCUGUGACAGGUGCCAAGCCAGGCCCCAGGUCCCGGGAAGAGUCCAGCAGCCACACACGUCCAGGCUGUCCCUGCAACCUCUCGGAAGGGCUGGGGAGGGGGUGAGCCCUCAGGGCGCAGGAAGAUUCCGCCCAGGGGGCCCCUGCUGUGCUGCCCAGACAAGUCGCAGUCCCUCUCUGGGCUGCUUCCUCACCUGUACAGGAGCCUGGCCAGCCCCGGGGUGGGGAGGCCGCGGUUCAGUCUGCAGCCUGAGCAGCCCCUCCACCAGCUUCCUGCCCGUGCAGAGGUGGCUGGGGUGAGAAACCAGGUGACACUGACAGCCUGGGCCCAGGGCCCUCUGAAGCGGGUACUCGGGGUUUCCGGGCCUCGAACCGCUCAGCCGUGUCCCUUGGAAACAGUCCCUGCCACCAGGGUUCUUUUUUGGCUUCUGCUGCCCAUUAAAAAAAUCCCCUUUUGUACCCUCAAAAAUAUUCAUCAAGCACCAGGUACAGGCUGGGCACGGUGCCAGGCGCUGGGAGCCCAGAGUGGGCACGGUGCCCACGGGACCCGCCCUGUGCACUCACGGGCGUCAGGGACACACGGAGGAACCAGUGGCCGGAGGCCACGUCCUCCGGGCCCCUGCAGCAGGCCCAGCCCCCCCAGCCCUGAUGUCUUAUGUGUUCAGCCCGGGGACUCGGAGACUCGGGGACAGUCGGUUUUCAGUGACUUCUCAGAGCCUGUUGAAAAUGAAUGAAGCCAUGUCACUGGCCCCACUUCAGUCCCAGAGCCAGCUGUGGGUGACAGACGAUUCAUAAACGCCUCUAUUUGUAUUUUCAAGCAGUUAGGCAGCCUUCCCUCCAAGGGUGCCCACCUAGAGGUGGCGUCUCAGGGCCAACAGGGUCAAGGAGCCCCGGGGAUCCCCCACCCGGCCUGGACCCUCCCGUGGGAGCCGGGUCGGCUGGGCGAGGAGGCGGCAGGGGUUAGUUCUGCUGACAGUCUGCCCAGGACUUUCCUGUGAAGCAAGGCAGUUGGGAGAAGUUGCUGAGAGAGAUACUGGAGGAGUCCUCAGUGAGCGCCUGGAAAGUUCUGGAACGCUGGGGACUGGGGACCUGGGAGCAGGGCGCGCGCAUCGAAGGGCGCCUGGGUGAAACCCCAGGUCCUGCUCGUGUGAGAGCCCCCCGCCCCGCCCCCUGGACACUUGGGCUGAGGUUGCUGUGGUUGUCACACCUCCCCCGAGCGGCAGUUGGAAGGUGCCACCUGCAGACACCACCUGAGCGGAGGCUCAGUUCUCCAGGGGGCUGUGGCCUGGGGCGGACGUCCCUCCCCGACUCCACCUUUGAAGGAGAGGCUGCACGUGAACAGGGCGGCAGAGGCUGGAGCCAAGAGAGGCCGCCACCAAGGAUGGACAGGAAGUAGGUGGGCGGACGGCCAGGCGGACGGAUGGAAGGACAAACAGAGGUGGAGAGACAGAGCCGGACGCCGAAGACAAAGCCCGAGAUCUGCCUGCUUCACUGACCUCCCCCAGCCUGGUGCAUAGUAGACACUCAAUAAAGCCUGGUUUGUAGCUCUC